GAGGAUACGCGUCUCGUACAAGCCAAGACGGGUGUGGCUGUAGUGUUACCAAGGACGAGUUUUAGCAGUGUCACAUUGAGAGGACACUGGAGUGACUGGACAGAGGGAAGGGACUACCGCCUUGCCAGAGUGCAGUGCUGUGAUCUCCGUUGCUUUAGUGAAGUGGUGACGGGAGAGUGUGGUAGCAAUGACCUUCUGUGGCUACAAGUUUUCCCUAUGCCUGCUGUUGAUCAGUGCAUGGGGGCUGGUGCAGCUGUUGGUGAUGGGACUCUUCUUUUAUGGCGAGGCCCCAGCCUUCCUUGAGGACCUGCCGCUGGAGGACCACUAUGACAACCGGGAUAGCUUUGUCACUGAUGUCAACAAAGGCUUCAAGAAUAAUGCCUUCAACUGCUUCAUCGCUGCCUGCCUCUACAUUGUUACUCUCGGCGUUUCUGGCUGGCAAUUCUACCUCAAUCAGAAAACCACAUAUCAGUAACCAGAAUCAAGACCUGGCUCUACCAGCACAAGGCAGGAAUGUUGCUGGUUGGAACAUAUGAUAAAUAUUAACCAUUGCCUCGAAGAUUACUAACCUGCAGUGUGGCAUAUCACUUCAAGGUCCUUAUUUUCUAAAGACUGGCAGCAUCUAGGCAGAUUCACACUAGUCUUCUGGCUGCCCACCAUCCCCUACGUAUAUUGCUGUGAUAUGCUACUAUAUUUCAGUUUUUCUUCUGUUUCUUGUCCAAUAUAAAAGGAAAUCUAGUGAUGCAAUCAUGGAAUUUGUUUUCUGUGGAAAAUAGAAAAAAAAUUAUGGACUUAAAUGUGAAAAAUAUUCAAAUAGAAGAUAGCCAGAUUAAAUGUUGUUCCCAGAUGAUGAAAAGUUAGAUACAAACAAUACUCCAGCUAGUAACAAGAGUCUGGAUGAGUAAUUUUUGUUACCCUUCUAUUUUAGUUUAAUCAAUGAGAGUGGCAUAUGUGAGUAUUUUACAUAUUUAUAAAAGUAGUUUCCUUUAUUUCUUCAAGCAAAUCUAUGGUAUGAAACCCUUUGGUUACACUGAGACCAAAAAAGUGAAGAGAGUCUUCAUAUGAACCUGUUGCAUUUUUUUCUAUAAAUUUUGCCUUCAAUUUAUAGUCAGUGAAAAAAGAAAAAAAAUCCAAUUUUUCUCCUAAUUUCUGGAUAUUGGUAAUGUGAUUAUUAUCAUGUUAAUUUUAUUUGCCUACUUUUACAUGUUGGUUUUGUUUUAUUAAGCAACAGGUGAACUAAGGGACCUCAAAACAGCAGAGUAUUUCAACAUGUAAUUUGUUAUUUGUUUUUAUCUACUGAAGAGUCUAUUCACUAGAUUUUAGUAUUUAAUUAUGAUAAAUGUACAGUUCUACUUCAAUUAUGAUUAAUGUACAGUUCUACUUCUUAGGGUAUUAAGAGCAGAUGAAUAAAUUUUGCAGAAAAAAAUAUCCACUUUACUACAUUAGUUUACUUUUACAAGUAAACAUUUUUACCUUCAAAUUAGUAUGAUAUGUAAGACUAGGAUAUUAAUAUUAUUUUCAAAGGGUUAAGAAAUUUUAAUACCAAAUAAAUGUUGUAGCUUUAUAAAUCUUUACAGAUGACCACACAAAAUAAUUCUCCAAUAAUCUCAAAUACAUAAAUGAAACAAAGCUCGUCAGUAUACUGCUGCUCACUAAGGAACAGUAAUGCAUAAAGCUAUGAGAAAUGUACUUCAGAAAUUGAGCAACUUCACAACUACUGUGUUUCUGAAAAUAUAUGGAUUUACAGAAAAGAAGAUACAUGUUUAUAGAGAACUAAAAAGUCAAUUUCAACAAGCCUCUUAAUAUUAGCAUUCAAAUUUGUUAAAACUAAUCCCCCACACACACAAGUGAAGUUGGUUAGGAUAAUUCAUUAACAAUCCUCACACACAACUUUCUUAAGGCCAAAUAUGGACGGCAAAGUUUUCCUCAAGGCUCAGCUGAGAUUAUGUGGACUAAGGCUAAGCACAAUACUGCUGCUUGUAAGACACACAUUUUUCUGAGCACCUCAACAACAUUUCUGAAUAUUCUAUAUAGAUAGAGUCAAUCUACUUUCUAUACUACAAAAUAUAAUAUACAUACAUACAUACAUACAUACAAACAUACUAAUAUAUACAUGACUAGAUACUGUAAAUAUGUACUGUACUACAUACUUGUUGAAUAUGUAUAAGAAAAAUCCUGAAAAUAAAUGAGACUAUUAAAUAUUUCAAUCAGUCAUGAUGUUCAUACACAUUCAUGUAAGUGCAAUGUGUUUUUCAGGCUCUUCAGAUAUAGAGGUUAUGUAAAUCACCCUGAUCCUUACAUUGAUACAUAUAUCUUCUAAAAA